AAAAAAGAAGAAGAAAGAAUAAGCCCUAGGUGAGAUGGAUUCCCUAUCAUUUGAGGAGGCGGAGAAGAAGAAGAAAAAGAAGAAGAAGAAGAAGGAGAGAAAGAAUAGGAAGAACCAGCAGCAGCAGCAGCUUGAGAACGAGGGGAGAGCCAUGGCGACGAUGGAGACAAAUGGGAGUGCGGAAGGAGCCGAAUUGGCGUCUUUUCUUUCCUUCGCUUUGGCAUCUAAUGAAUCCCAACAAUUACAAGAAGACACUGGGCUAAUCAAAUUCACAAAUCACUUGGAAGGGGUAUUUUCAGGUGUGCGGCGCCCACCUCAAACACCUUGGCUGAAACUAUUCAAUGAGUUGGCGGCAGAUACAAUUGAUCGAAAUAUUCCUCAUGAGGUACGUCAGCUAGCAGUUAGCUGGAUCCAGCACAGAUCUAAUGAGGCACUCAAGGCAACUGUUUUACGAGCGUUAGACUGCAUUGUUGCUGGCUUGGAAGGUCAAAAAGCUGGUUCCGGUGGCUCAAAUUGUCAGGUCGUUAUGUUCCUAGUAGUAUCGCUGAUAUUGCAACAGAAACCGGAUGUUCUGGUUUCUAUAUUGUCAAUUUGGAAGGAUAAUUCAAGGUACCACGGUGAAAGUAAGCUUCCAGUGUUUGUGUGGAUGACUAUGCAGGCAGCCCGAGGAGAUCUUACGCUGGGGUUGUACAUAUGGGCGCGGGAGAUGCUGCCCCUCUUGGGUAUGAAAUCAAAUCCAAGUCCAGAGACCAAGGAAUUGGUUUUACAAGUGGUGGAAAGUAUUUUGUCAGUGCCAAACGCAAAACAAGUUUUGGUGAGUGGUUAUGUGAGAAAAGGUGAGCGUUUACUUCCUGCUUCGGCAUUGGAGUUAUUGCUACAUCUGGCAUUCCCUUCAGCUCCAGUUGAGGAAACUGAUAGAUUUGAGACAAUCUAUCCCACCCUGCGAUGUGUGGCUAUUGCUGGUGUAAAUGGGAGUGACUCAAGAAAGCAGCUUGCUAUUCAAAUUCAAGAUCUUGCUUGGCGCGCUAUUGGAGGAGGCAAUGCAAAGCUUUCUGACAAAGCAACCGGCUUAUUUGUCCUAUCUUUGUAUCACAAUCCUGAGUGUUAUAAAAGAUGGGAUAGGGUUUAUGAAGAUGAUGUGGACAAAAGUGUUGCUAUCCUGAGAAAACUGAAGAAGCUGUGGGUAUAUUUAGCUCCGUAUGAGGACUUAGUUGACACUCUCAAGAGAUUUAGGCAAAAGAAUGAGAAAGUAGUGUUGAGUGGUGGGAAGGGCGGAGCUCGUCGUCAAGCGAUGUUCAUUGAGGCAGAUGAGCAUUGCAAGGAGCUAUUGAGAAUGGUAUCUCCUGGGUGGCGCCUUCAGGCUGUAGAUAUUCUCAAGUCCUUUGUAUGGUACGGUUGCACUAUUUUUUUCAUAAUAUUAUGUUGCAAAUCGUUGCCGCUGGAUGAGGUUGCUUGGAAGAUGAAGUCUUAGAUCAAGUGGAGGGCGUCCAUGUGCAGUUGUCAAUGAUGUUGAUUAAAUUAUUUAGUUAGUGAAAACUGCAACAAUUCUCUUUUCUUUUUCAUUAUGCUUUUGCCUUUUGUUAAGAUGUUGUAUCCGGAGAUCCAUCUCGAGGGUUAUGUAUAUGAAAUGACACCCACAUCAUUGACAACUGGUUUUUGUACUUGCUCUUUUUCUACGGCUUCUGCAGGAAAGGACGAGUAUGAUACCCUCUCGUGCGUA